AUGGUGCUUCUCAUAGACAGUGGGGUGCUGGAGCUCCCUGCCCGACCGCGGCCCUCGCAGCGGGCAGCGCGUUCUCCGUGUGCCGGCCGCGUCUCCGCCCGGGGCGAUCGCCCCGCUCCCCGCCGGGAGCGCUCCCGCGGCCGCUCCGCAGCCCGGGCAAGGCCGGGCCUGGUGCAUGCCGGGGCGGAGCGAACUGCACCGCCCCCGCCGGCGCUGCCCGCCGUGCCUUCGCCCGCAGCCUUGACCCCGCCAGUGGCCGUGCGGGAGACGCCGCGUGUCCGGCAGCUGGCCCUGCGCCGGGAAUCUGCCAUCUUCCUCGUCAACGAGCGCCUGGCACCUGCACGGGAAGUCACCUCAUCCCACGACUUUCUCUAUGACGUAGAUCCCCAGCCCACCCUGGGCACGGCCUCCAACGUCUGCUUCGAGGUGGAUGAUGUGCCGGGGCUCUGCAAGCGGCUGCAGAGCCAGGGAUGCUCCUUGCUGGUGCCCCCCACUGAGCUGAGUGAUGAGGGUGGUUCUGUCACCUACGGUGUGGUGAGCUCUGUGGUGGGCAACAUCAGCCACACCCUUUUGGACCGAUCCUCUUACCGGGGGCUCUUCCUGCCUGGCUUCCAGCCCAUCCAAGGAGCCCCCUCAGCCACAGGGGAUGGGAUCAGGAUCACUCACUUUGACCACAUCACGUAUGUGUGCCGCCGGGGCGGGGCCCGGGCGGCUCUGGACUGGUACCAGCGCUGCUUCGGCUUCCACCGCUUCCUGCUGAACGCCCAGGAAAGGCCGGCUGAGGGGUACGUGCUGGGGGGGCAGGGAGUGGGCAUGCUGCUCCUCGCACUGCAGAGUGCGCAGGGCACCCCAGCACACGGCUGCAAGCUGGUCUUUGCCGAGUCCCUCUCCCAGAAUUGCACCAACCAGGUUGACACGUUCCUGGAGCAGCAUGGUGGGGCUGGGAUCCAGCACGUCGGCCUCUGCACCACUGACAUUGUCAGCACGACCAGGGCUCUGCAGGAGCGGGGGGCACGGUUCUUCACACCCCCCGCCACGUAUUACAGCCAGGAGGGCAAAGCAGAGGAGAUCCGAGGAGCUGGGCAGGACCCCCACAUGCUGGCAGAGUUUGGCAUCCUCCUGGACACCACAGUGCCUGGGGACAAGGGCCGGCCGGGCACUGAUGCCACAGAGAGCCCCUCUCGGGAAUAUUUGAUGCAGAUCUUCACCCAUCCCAUCUUCUCGGAGGAGACCUUCUUCCUGGAGCUCAUUGACCGUCGGGGAGCGCCUGGCUUUGGGGAGGGCAAUAUCCAGGCACUGUGGAAAGCUGUGCAGCUCUACAUGGACCAGCAGCACUAG